AUGAAGGAUUGGGCCUCGUCAGCGUCUACAAGAAAGAACCACCUAUUCCCAAGGUACCUUUGCUGCUUGUCACCCCCACUUUCCAAAGCCAAGGGGAAGAGGAAGCUUUCAAAAACUGAGACUAUAGAGAAGCAUGCCCCUACAGAGUCUAGGCCUUUGAUAUGGAAGAACGAAGAGGAGGCUAUCCUUAAAUUUGUUGACGAUAGUGAAUUGGCCAUUCUUUCCACCAACGUCUCUUAUACGACCGCAGCUGAGAGAAAGUUUUGUGAAGAAGAAUUCCUUCACUUUGAAAAGAAGAUAUUGAAGUUGCAAAAUGACUUGGUGACUUCCCAAAACAAGGUCCUCCAAGAGCUGAAGGAGAAAGAGAAGAUAGCACUUCAUUUGAACGAAACAAUGGAAGAUAGGAAUAGGUUCUUAGACAAUGAGAAGGAUUUGGAGUUGAAGCUCGUUGCUUCUGAGAAGAAAGCAGUAGAAGAGGAGGCCCUUUGCCUUAAAGUCUUCGAGCUCUCUUUUGCUUUGAUGAAGAAGGAUUCCGAGCUCUCUAGUGUUUUGGAAAAGAAAGAGUCCAAGCAUGCCGAGAUUGUCAAGGCUGCUACAGAUGUGGUUGUGAAGGAGUACAAGGACUCAUUUGACUUUAAGAAGUAG